AUGAGUAGAAACGUGGACAAGGCUAAUUCAGUUCUUGUUCGCUUUCAAGAGCUUCAGGCAGAGAAAGAAGGUGGUUACAAGGACUAUUCUCGUUUUAAAAGGCCUACAAGGAUCUACUCUAUCAGAGAUGUCGAGGAGGCGCAGCAAUGGCGCCGUGAAGUGCUUAGAGAGAUCAACAAUAAAGUCACUCGAAUGCACGACCCCUCUUUAAACGAAAUGCAGCUACGAGAUCUAAAUUCAGAGCUGAAUGAUCUUUUCAAAGAGAAAUACAGGUGGGAAAGACAUAUUAAACAACACUUGAAGGGACCCGACUUUUCCAAAGCCAGGACCUCAAACAUCGCAGGUGGAACAAUUGUGGAUGGUUAUAGAUAUUUUGGAAGAGCACUUGAUCUCCCCGAGGUGCAACAAACACUCAAAAAAAAAGCAGAUCAGCAAGCCAAGUCUCGAAGUGCAAAGGAAGAGCAGAAACGGUUGGAAGAAAAAGUACGAGUGUGGAAGAACACUUUAAACCCGGAAUACUUCGGUUAUUCUUCAGACGAGAGGGUACGAUACCAGCGACCUCUAGAAGUAUCUAUGAAGAAUGUUCGUGAAUUUUUGUCAUUGAAACCUGCAAGGCUAUCGAGACUAACAGAAUAUGAGUCAGCAGCGAGCGAAGAGUUGAAAAUGGAGUUGGGGUCUGAAAGCGUGAGAAAUUCUCCAAAACUUUCAAUUCCAAAUUUCGAGUCUGUGCCAAAUAUACGGGAUAUGGAAGCAUGGCUGGUUGCGAAGAAAAGGAAAAAGCUCCAAGAACAAUUGGGGCUUUGA